AUGUACUACGUGAAGAAGAAGUCCCAGUACAACCUCCUGAGCAGCAGCAUGGAGAGCCUGGGCAGCCGUGGAGCCUCAUCCAGCCCGGUCCCCACACCGUCCCCGUACUCCCAGCCUAACUCCACCUUCGAGGGCCUGUCUCCGGCUCCGGCCAUCCCCUCCAACGCAGACUAUCCGGGGCCCCACGCCUUCCAGGUGUCCUUCCAACAGUCCAGCACGGCCAAGUCUGCAACCUGGACGUACUCUCCGCUGCUGAAGAAGCUCUACUGUCAGAUCGCCAAGACGUGUCCGAUCCAGAUUAAGCUGUCAUCGGCGCCGCCCCCCGGCAGCCUGCUCAGGGCCAUGCCGGUCUACAAGAAGGCCGAGCACGUGACAGAGGUGGUGAAACGCUGCCCCAACCACGAGCUCGGACGAGAUUUCAACGACGGUCAGAGCGCCCCGGCCUCGCACCUGAUCCGUGUGGAGGGGAACAGCCUGAACCAGUACGUGGACGAUCCAGUGACCGGGCGCCAGAGCGUGUGCGUGCCCUACGAGUCCCCACAGGUGGGCACAGAGUUCACAACAAUCCUCUACAACUUCAUGUGUAACAGUAGCUGCGUGGGAGGCAUGAACCGAAGACCCAUCCUCAUCAUCAUCACUCUGGAGAGCAGAGAUGGGCAGGUUCUGGGUCGUCGUAGCUUCGAGGGCAGGAUCUGUGCGUGUCCAGGACGAGACCGAAAAGCCGACGAGGACCAUUACAGAGAGCAGCAGGCCCUCAGCGACAACACAACCAAGAACGGCACCAACAAACGCAAUUUCAAACAGAGUCCGACCAGUAUUCCCAUUCCAAACAUCAACAUGAGGAAGAGGAGGCAUGGUGAAGAGGAGAUUUACUAUAUUCCGGUGCGCGGCCGUGAAAACUUUGAUCUCCUGAUGAAGAUCAAAGACAGUCUGGAGCUGAUGGAGCUGGUGCCGCAGCCGCUGGUGGAGUCCUACAGGCAGCAGACACAGCAGCAGCUCAUCCAGAGGCCGAGCAGCAUCUCCUCCCCCACCUCCUUCUCUCCUCUGCCCAACAUGAACAAGCUGCACGGAGGCCUGAGCAAAGCCCCGUCUGUGUCGCAGCUGGUGGGACAGUCCCAGCAGAACACACACAUGGGAGGCGGGAUGCUGAACCACAUGCAGACCAACGGAGACAUGAAUGGAGGCCACAGCAGCCAGACCCUAGUGUCGCACUGCAGCCCACCCCCCAGCUACAACCCUGACCCCGGCCUCGUCAGUUUUCUAACCAACCUGGGCUGCCAGAACUUCAUCGACUUCUUCACGUCGCAAGGGUUCCAGUCGGUCUACCAUCUGCAGACGCUCUCCAUGGAGGACCUGGGCGCUCUGAAGAUCCCGGAGCAGUCAAGGCUGGUGAUCUGGCGUGGCCUCCAGGACAUGAAGCAGGCGUCGGUGCCGGCCAUGGCCCCCAGUGCGCACCACGACUACCACCACCACCACCACGGCCAGCAGCUGCUCCGCUCCUCGGGGAACAUGGCCAUGGCGUCGCUGGGCUCCGGGGAGCUGCAGCGCCAGAGGGUCAUGGAGGCCGUACACUUCCGCGUCCGCCACACCAUCACCAUCCCCAACCGGGGAGCCGGGGGGGCAGGGGGUGGGGCCUCGGCGACCGACGACUGGGCGGACUUUGGCUUUGACAUGCCGGACUGCAAGAUGUCCCGCAGCAAGCACUCCAUCAAGGAGGAGUUCAUGGAGAGCGACGUUCACUGA